UGCUCAACACUGUUUCAUUGUUCUGUUCUCUUUCUGCUGGUGCUGUUUUGGUUUUGGUGCAAUUAUCUAUUUAACAACGCACCGAAUCUCAAUGCACAUGCCUUGUGCACUUUGCGUGGGUGUGCCCAGUGCCAGUUUCAUUUAUAAAACUAUGAGUUUUGCCAUGUUUCCAACCCAACAGGCCAAGUGACCGAUCAGAAUCUCACGCCCCCUCAUGUGUUUACCCUUUGUCUUGCGUUCUAUUUGCGUUUCGUGUCCGUUUUAAAUCGCCUCAUUUGCAUAAAACUCGUCUUUUACGUCACAACUCUCUAAAUACGGAGGAGCAAAACACACCCAUUCCCAGAGGAAUCGUUGAGCUGACCUGUUUGGAAUCUAGAAUGUGGAAGUGCCACAAGUGCGGCAAACCCGUUUACUUCGCGGAACGUAAACAAUCGCUCGGCUACGACUGGCAUCCGGAAUGUUUGCGCUGCGAGGAGUGCGGCAAGCGCUUAAAUCCCGGCCAGCAUGCUGAGCACAAAGGAGUGCCCUACUGUCAUGUGCCCUGCUACGGAGCUCUGUUUGGGCCCCAGUUGUUUGGCCACGGCACUCGGGUGGAAUCGCACAAGAGCUACGGACUGAAGGGGACCCAGAAACCAGCUGGGGCCCAGGCCAAUGGCCCCCCACUCCCACGAGAUCACCUGGAGUCCAAGCUGAAGGUCUACAAUCAAUUUUACGACAACAAAAGCCUGGAGAUACGCAGUCGCGAGGUUAACAACCGCUUGGUGCUGGAAGGAGCGCUACGAGUUUAUUGGGGCGUGCAGGGAGUGAUUCACCUCAAGGAAGACGAUGAUCAGCGCAUACUAGUUCGCAAGAGGAACUCUUGUCGGGUGUCUAAGGCAGCAGAUGAAAGCAGCUCGGACAAGGAGAACGAGGCUAGCGAGUCGCUGGCUCCGCCCACAACCACUACAGGCGAGGUGGACCAGCUUUCCACGGAUGUCUCACUUUCUGAGAGCAUGACCUUCGACUCCUGCAGCCUGAACGAGAUCUCCGAGCUGCCCACAACACCAGAAGAUGCCUCGGCCAACACCACAGCAAACAGCAAGGAGGUGACCAAUGGGAAGGUAUCUAACGACGACGAGGAUACCACCACAACGGAUUCGUCCGGCACACUAGUGGAGGCGCCUACGGCCAGCACAAGCUGUGUUUCCAGCACUCUGCCUUCCAAGCUGGACCAUCUGGAAAAGCUGGACUGGGACGACAUUGACGAUCUGCUGCAGGUUGAGAGACGUCAUAAUGACAAGGAUCGAAUCUACGAAACCAUGCCGGUCAAAUUACCGUCGUCUCAGUCUUCCAGUGACAGUUCGCCAAGCAAAACAUCCACUGACACCACGACCACCACUGAAUCGAGCACCACACAAUCGGCCACGACCAAUAGCAGCAGCUCCGACAACUUUAUGACCGCCACGGGAUCCUUGACGGCCAAUACCAACACACAGAAUACAACAACGGUGUCUACUACAGAGACCUCUCUGGACAACUUCGAGACUUGCGAUGAUACUACCCUGAAACCUAUGGAUUUUGAGGACUUUAAGCGCAGUGUUCACCAGGAUUAUGUGAACGGGACUAACUCCUUUAAGGAACCCAACGAGGGCACCCUGAAGCGAAAUCAGCCCAUUGAUCCCUCUCGCAUCCACGACUCCCUUAAGCUCUAUGGGGAAAAUUCGGUGAUGAGCAAAAGCUUUAACUGCGAGCAUGCGCUGCGCUCCAUUGAUCCUGCAUUGAUCAACGACACCAUGAACCUGCGCAGCAGUGUCGGCUCGCCUCGCUCCACGCAGCGUCAGUACGCCUUGCAGAAGAGCGGAUCGGCCUCCGCGUCCACAGUGCCCAGCAGGGAGCAGAAGAAGCCAUAUCAACAGGGGCGGCAGCUUUUUGAGAAGGGCAUAAACCGCUCCAAAUCGGGACCCAGCUGCUUUGUGUACUCCGAUAGUGAUGACGACGACGAGGCCACACUGCGUCCCCAACGGUUGGCCACCAUGAGGCGUAGCGACAUCCCUCCCCGGUACAUUCAAAUCCAGAUGGACUGCUAUCCCAAAGAGAAUGCGACUGCCGGCAGCGAGGGUGAGUCAAGUCGUGCAGAUGCUCCGUCCAUUACCAGUGGAGCAGCUGCCGGCGAUGAGCUCACGCAAACUGAAGAGCUGUAUACGGCGAGCGAGGGAGUUGGGGAUGGAUCUGCUGGUUUGCACGUUACGGAGGAUGGCGUGGUGCUAAGAAGACCACCUCGUACUGGAGCUGCAGCCAUCAAGCGACGCAGUGGCAAUCGUCGUUCUCGUACUAAGCUGAAACGUCGGUGCUCUAUUAAUGGUCACUACUAUAAUCGGGAGACGUCAUUCUUCACCCCGCCCUACGGUUCUCAAAUGUCUGUGUGGGUUUCCUCGAUGGUGACCACCACAGAAGUCAUCAACUUGGUGCUGGAAAAGUAUAAGGUGGACAGUUCGCCGGGAAACUUUUCCCUCUUUAUUGUUCGCGACAAUGGGGAGCAGAAGCGUUUGAAGGAUGACGAGUAUCCUCUAAUAACUCGCGUCACUUUGGGACCUCAUGAGGAUGUGGCUCGUAUGUUUUUAGUUGAUUCCCGCAAAACGGACGAAAUCAGUAAUGAAGUUGCUCAAUUUUUGAAUUUAUCGCUACCCGAGUGCCGUGCCAUUCUGGAGCGUUACGACCAGGAAGUGGCUCGAGAAGUGGCCAAAAUUAAGGAAAAGUACGCCGAAUUGCGUCGCCGUAUUGUGAGCCGCAUGGAAUCUCUAAAAGUGCAUUUGUAAAACGUAAAUGGAAUCUCUUGCAGAAGAGCAAUUUUUUAUUAGCCAUUAAUAAGUGCGGCCAAAAAAGUGUCGUUAGCAGCGCUGCUAAUAGUAUUCACGUUUUUACACAAGAUAUAUAUUUUUAUGUAGGAUUUAGAGAAAAUUACGAACUAGCAACAUUAGGCGCCCAGUGAACAAAAAGCAGCUGCUGCACGUCGCAAAUAUAUACUUUAUGUUUAGGGUUUAAUUCUUCCCAGCCGAAACUAAUAAUCAUUUCCAGGCAUUUCCAUUCGUUUAGAAAGCGUUUAAGACUUGUAACUAACCAAAAAAUAAUUAUUAAUCCACCACAUUACCAUACAAUUUUUUGUUUUGUGUUUGUAAUCAAAAUAUGUGCUUUGUGCAGUCACGUUUAAAGCGGUGUCAUGUAUCUAUUGUACAAUGUUUAGCUUUUAAGCCGUGACAUGAAGCACAAGUCCUGCUAGUAGCGUGUAGUUGAAAGCCAUUUUAUCGAGUCAUUGAACAAAUGUAUGAAAAUCAAUUUGAUUAGCAAUUGCAAUGCCUGCGAAACAAUAACAAUAACUGUACACAUACUACAUAUUACAUAAUAUGGACUUGUUGAUUGAAAAUCAUUUGGAAAUCCAAUAAAAUGUAAAGUUUUACCAGA